AGAGGUUGGAGCCACAGCAAGGAAGGGAUCACCAAUCGAUAGCGAGACAGAAAUGGCUGCGCUCCGCAAGCUCGCCGCCGCCGCCACCACAUCCGCGCUGCUCGCGGCACCAGCGCGCGCCGCCGAGGCGCCAGCAGACGAAGCGCAGGCCGCCGAACUGCGCGCCAAGUUGCUCGCGUUGGCAGCCGCCCAGCGCGAGCGCACGGACUGGGAAGCUAGGAGAUUGCACCAGCUCAUGCGCGCCGUCGACGAGGAGCACUCCCGCGAGCGGGCCGCCACGUUGGAAAAGGCCGCCGCGGAGGACGCCAAGGCCUUCGCCGAGGAGCGCGCGCGGACGGCGGAGCAACGCGACAAGAGCGACGAGGCGGCCGCGGUGCGCGAGCGCGCCGAGGCGCGCGCCGACGUGCGGCGGCUCCUCACGGAGUACGACGACGCGCUCGCGGCGGUCUGGCGCGGCAAGGUCCAGGGGGCCGAGAGCGAAGCCCACGGGAAAGCUCGAGAAACGUUAUUAGCCGAGAUCGAGGCCGCCGCGAACGAGCGGGACGACGCGCCGCGGCUCCAGACGGUCUUUGAGCGGCGUCCUCCGAAGCGCCCCUCCCCCCCCUCGCGCGCCUGCUCGACGGUGCCGAUGGCAACGAGAGAGCGCCAAAUCACCAGUCGUCUGCCGUUCGGACGCCGUCGACGCGACGACUGCUCGAGAGCGUCGAGGCAAUGGCGUGCGGGUGGGAUCUACCUCGCCUCGACGCCAUCGGCGCGACGCCUGCUCGAUGAUCGCGUGCCGCGCAGGCCCAGGAACUCACGCAGGAACUCGAGGCAUGCACGUCGAAAAUCGCCACGAAGAUGAACCGCGACGAGCGCUCCGCGGCCGCUCUGGCGACGGCGCGGGCCGGUCUGCGGUGCGCCGCCGCUCUGGAAGGCGACCAGCUCGACGCGGGGCCCUGCGCUUUAUUGGAGGCGGCCGUCGUUAGAGCUGCGGCCUCCGGCGUCCGGGGCGCGCCGUCGCGAGAAAAGCUCGCGGGCCGCUUCAAGCACCGCGUCGAGGGGCCCGCGCGGGCGUGGUUAUUGGUGCCGGACCACGCGGACGGCGUGCUCGGGCACGCCUUCGCGGCGGCGGCGGCGUGGCUGGGGGUCCGGGGCGGCGUCGGCGGCGCGGGCGACGACCGGCGCCAGGCGCGCGACGAGCUCGACGCCGGGGCGCGGUGCCUGGAGAUCGGCGAUUUGUCGGGGGCGGUCCGGCGCCUCCGGGCGGCGCGCUCCGUGCGGCCCGCCUCGAUCGCGUCGCCGUUGGACGACUGGCUCGCGGACGCCGAGGCGCGGUUGAAAGCGGACCAGGCGGCGUCGGUCGUGCGGGCGGCCGUGGUACUGGCGCAGGGUCAGGCGGCGGCGGAGUUUGCUAAGUAGAGGUUGC